CGGGGUGUCACAGACAUGAGGUACCUGAUAGUGGCUUGCUAUAAGUACCUGCCUUCAGUCGGCCAACCGAGUAGCUCGAAGAGGAACCUUUGCGGUUGGCAGGUCUGGUCCCUUUCCCGAGCUAAAAUAAGAGCAGUUGGCGAGCCGCACAGCUCGAUGGCGUUUCCCGGGAAGAUGCUUCGCUCGCAGCUCUGCUGGCUCCUCAUGGCCCUGAUGUGCUGUCUCACCCUCUACGGGGUUUCUGCCGCGUCGUUCGGAACCUGCGUCGAGUUGUGCCCGAGCGGCGGCUGUCCCUCCGGCCAGCGGUGCGUCAGCAACGGCUGCGGCCACUACUGUGCCUGAGCACGCACCAUCCUCUUCAUGUAGUGCCCCGGACUCUGUUAACCUGGUGCUGCAACAGGCCUGCGUGUUUGCUUUGCCCAUUUCACCGCAUAAUGUACUGGUAUAGAGCUGUCAAUUAAAGGUUUCCAUUUCUUUAACUUUA